UGUUUACUUAACCAAUUUUUAACACAUCACAUCACCCAUUCAACUCCAAACAGAGUCACAUCUGUUCCCUGUUGGAUGGUAUGGUCUACCUAACUGGCUCCAUCCAUCUAGAGCGCCACGAUCACGUGCUAAAAUGGAUGAAGUCAGUUAGCUUCGACUGUCACUUUCUUCAUUCUCGUUACCUUUCGAUGUUAUCGUUGUUGUUGUUCCUUGUGGCUGGUAUUCCUUUCAUAAUGCCCCCCUCCCCUUUCCGUUGGAAAAGUUACGACCUAGACUCUGUGGGUUUUGGCUAUGCAUUGCUCUGGCGUUUUAGUGGGCAGGCAGUCAGUGAGUGUGUAACUGACUGUAUGUAUGUAUUAUUUUUACUUGUUUACUUGAUUUAGUGGAUGAGAGGGUUUAGAGUUCAUUAACUACUACUUACUGACAUGAAUUUCCCGUGGUGCAAAGGUCUUCUUCAAUG